GGGCCUUGAGCAUCCGGGGAACUUUCGUCAUCGCCAGCUGUGCGCAUGCGGCCUACGGGCGGCAACGGAGUCCAGCGGAGUAAAUAAUGGCGGCUGUACGGAGUACUUUGGGGUAGACCAUGAAGAAUCCGCGACAUCCUGACACUAUCCACACACCGAUGUUCCCGAUUUCAAGUUGAAACAAACGUUGAGGAACAUAUCUUGUUGUGGACUGAUCCUUGCCGGCACAAUUGUGAGAGAAACGGGCAAAAACCCAAGCCGAAUCCGAGGGAGAUUCCGUCUGUUUGCGUCGGUUUGUCAUUGACUGGGGCUUUCGAACGGCCUGGGUGCAUUCCUGACACUUCUGUCUGUGUUCCAGAGCCGAGAUGGAGUUGAGAGUCGGUAACAAAUACCGGCUGGGCCGCAAGAUCGGAAGCGGGAGCUUCGGAGACAUUUACCUAGGAACUAAUAUUUCCAACGGAGAGGAAGUGGCUAUCAAGCUAGAAUGUGUCAAAACGAAGCAUCCCCAGCUCCACAUAGAGAGCAAGUUCUACAAAAUGAUGCAAGGAGGAGUCGGGAUUCCUACCAUAAAAUGGUGUGGGGCAGAGGGGGACUACAAUGUAAUGGUGAUGGAGCUACUCGGGCCUAGCUUGGAAGACCUUUUCAACUUCUGCUCGCGCAAGUUCAGCCUGAAGACUGUCCUUCUGCUGGCCGACCAACUGAUAAGUAGGAUAGAAUACAUCCACUCCAAAAACUUCAUCCAUCGAGACGUGAAGCCGGACAACUUCCUGAUGGGUCUGGGUAAGAAGGGGAACCUGGUGUACAUUAUCGACUUUGGGCUGGCCAAGAAAUACCGGGACGCCAGGACCCACCAACACAUACCCUACAGAGAGAACAAAAACCUGACGGGCACGGCAAGAUACGCCUCCAUCAACACCCACUUAGGAAUAGAACAAAGCAGAAGAGACGACAUGGAGUCUCUGGGUUAUGUCCUGAUGUACUUUAACCUGGGCAGUCUGCCGUGGCAGGGCCUCAAGGCCGCCACCAAGCGCCAGAAAUACGAGAGGAUAUCCGAAAAGAAAAUGUCCACUCCCAUAGAGGUCCUGUGCAAGGGAUAUCCCUCGGAAUUUGCGACCUACAUAAAUUACUGUCGCUCGCUCCGGUUCGAUGCAAAACCGGAAUACUCGUAUCUUAGGCAAUUGUUCCGAAACCUGUUCCAUAGACAGGGGUUCACAUAUGACUACGUGUUUGACUGGAAUUUGUAUCACCUUGGUGGCAGCAGUAGAAGUUCAGACGACACGGACCGUGACAGGAGAGAGGACCGGCACCACCACCACAACAACCCGCGGACCUCCACGCCGCGGGCGCUCACCGGCACCGCCACCGCGGGCAGGUUACGCACCGGGGACGCCACCAGCCCACAGGCCGCCACGCCCUCGCCUGCUGCUCCGACCUCUCCACGACCUUUGUCCCGGGCGGAGCGGGAGCGGAGAGUGAGCAUGCGGCUGCACCGCGGGACGGCGCCCAAUGUGUCGACCUCUGACCUGACGGCGACAGGGCGUACUGACCCGGCGCGUAUGUCCGCCUCUCACAUACACUCUGGGAACCUGGUGGGAACAGGGCUGAACUCUGGGCUAGGUUUGCGGAGAGGAAGCGCGUCAGGGCGAGAGAAAGACGGAGACACGACCGGGCGAUCGACGUCGUCGAGGCACAUCAAGAAGUAGUCGGAGAUUCCUGGAGGACAAAACUUUGCACAACGGAGAACGAACCUGACUGGAGAAACAAAACUUGAGUGUGUUGCUGGGAAUGGUGUGAUGUACUGUGAAGAAAAAACAAACGUGAGGAGAAAGAGAGAGAUUAUGAAGAAGAAAAAAAA